UUUUUUUUAGGUGCAUAUUUUACGAACAUAUCUAUUUUUAGCUAAGAUGUGAUUGCACAUUUCUUAUUUUUACGUAGUUUACAGACUUGCUAAAACUUGCAGGUUUUCUUUCAGAAUUAUAGCCCAAAUAUUUUUAUCGAGCUUUGGUGGGGACACUUCAAAUUUUAGGAAUGGUACAAGUUUUAGAUACUCCCGAGCGUGAUAAACGUGAUAUAAUGAAUAUUGAUGAUAAUGGCAGCUGUCCCAAAAAAUGUUCUGCCUGGAUAGCUGGAGGAAUCUUUCAUGGGCAUACACAAGUAGAGAGAAGAGGAACAACAAAAGCAUGUUAAGAAUGAUUAAAGCCCCCGAUUUAUACAGCAAUAUAUGAAGACAGCAAUCAAACGAAUAUCAAAAUAUUUACAGGAUAAACGUGUGGAUAAUAGUAGUAUGGUCUACUCAAUAUAUUGAUGAAGUUUUACGAAAUAUUUGCAGCCAGAUUCCAAGCAAAAGCUUCUAAAAACGAUUUCCAUACGUUUGAAGAAAUUCAGGAACAUAUUUGGGAAACUAACAUGAUGACGCCAAAAGUUAUAUUUCUUCACGCCCUUGAAGAUGAUUGUAUUCUGAUACAUGUAGACCGAACAUCAAUUGAAUUGAUAAUUGAAAUGAUGAAGAGGUUAAUAACUGUGGCAUGUUGGCGAUUUUCGAUUGUGCAAAUGAACCCAGAAUUAUGGAACGAUAUGAUUUUUCUUCACCUGAUACAAUUGAUCUUAGCAGUGACGGUUGAGGUUUUCUAGGGGUUUUCCUCGCCCGAGUGCGAAUGCAGUCACUAAAAAACUACGUUCCCCUAAUUAAUAGUAGAUAAAAUGAAAAUUGAACUUAUCCUAUUAAUGAUGUAAUGUAAUUUUAGAUUAAAU